CAGCUGACAGGUUUGUUUUGCUGGCUCGUGCUGGUCCUAAUAAAACACAACGGAAGAAACGACGACGUCAAACUGAAAGCUGCUCCUCCGUCUCUUGUUUUCUACCAAAACCACACAUCUCCGGCCUGCUGGGCACUUUUGUGACCCGUCCCCGGCUCUCAUAACCCGCCUGCCGCCGCCGCCGCCGUCGAUUUCUCCAACUGCGAAACUGCUUGACUUUGACGCAAUAUGCCUUCAGAGAAAACCUUCAAACAAAGACGGACGUUUGAGCAGAGAGUAGAAGACGUGAGACUGAUUCGAGAGCAGCACCCCAACAAGAUACCUGUGAUUAUUGAGAGGUAUAAAGGGGAGAAACAGCUUCCCAUCCUGGACAAGACCAAGUUCCUGGUGCCAGACCACGUCAACAUGAGUGAACUCAUCAAGAUCAUCAGGAGGCGCCUCCAGCUCAACUCCAACCAGGCUUUCUUCCUCCUGGUCAACGGCCACAGCAUGGUUUCAGUUUCGGCAGCCAUCUCAGAGGUGUACGAGCGCGAACGGGACCAGGACGGCUUCCUCUACAUGGUGUAUGCCUCCCAGGAGACUUUCGGCGCCGCCGCGACUGCCCAAUGAACAGCCUUCCUCCUGCUUCCACCUGGCCCGCGAUUGGACAAUGGUAGUUGUAGUCCCUGCCCCCUCCAACCUUGUCAUCCCCCACAAUUUUCCCCAUAAUACUGUCCGCUUGCAGUACACAAACCCUUUGUCUCAACUGUAAGGACAAACACACACACACACACACACACACAGCUACAUCCACACAUGCCGUUUAAGGGCUUGUAUGUCUUCUGCUCCCCCCCGCCCCUCUCUCCCUGAGGUCUGAUCAAAUUGGUUCACAAUGAGAUUUAUGUGUCAUGGGUUAUCUUUUACGAUGAAGUGGGUUGGCUGUUCACCACCUUCACCCGGUAGCACAAAGCCACAUGGGAGCUGAGUGGAUCAGAGACGAGUCCAAGUAGAGCGAUCCCCAAAUCUGUGACUCAGGCCCGUCCCGUCUCAACUUUCUGUCUCCACUUCCUCCUUCUCUCUCCGGAUGAUUCAUGCCAGCGGUCACGGCAACAUAUCGUUUAUUUCCAGUGCUCUGGUUAGUGACUCGGCUGUUUGCAAUGAACAAAGAUAAUCUUAAUUUUACAACGUUUGAAGGAAAAUAAGGCUCCUGAGAGAGAGAGAGAGAGAGAGAGAAAGAGAGAGAUUUUGUUUUUAUGAAGCUUUUUUUUUAAUUGCAAAUCAAAGGCGUAACUUGGGGAUUUGCCAUCUCAGCCAGAGUCCAAGACAGCUUCUGCUAGAGCAAAAUAUACAAAAUUAAGUAGAGUAGAUCCUGUGGCAAUGGACGAUGUCUGCCGUCACCUGGUUUUCUGGGAGUUUGAUGUCACAUUCCCUUCAUGUUACUUAACAGCGUUUUUAUCCUCCCUGCUUUGUAAGCCUAAAACAUCUUCACUAUAAGAAAAAGAUGUGGGGAACCUGCUUUGCUGUUGCAACAGAUGAUUGUAGUUUGUGAAGCACCUCGGUGUACAGAUGAUUUUCAUGUUACGAUGUUGUUAAAGGGUUUCAGUGAGAGCAGCAGAUACUGGACACUACAGGGAGCGUGGUGUGACCGCACGUGUCAGAGAGUCACUGAGGAUCACGGUGUUUACGGCAAUGAUGACAGGAAGGGUUUGUUAAACAUGUGUUCUCCUUUUUAUUCUGUUAUUUCCUUUGUCAGAAGUAAUUCUUAAAGAGUGCAGGAAGGUGAGGAGAAGGCAGAUGCAGGUAAAGAGUGUGUAAACAGACACUGAGCAUCUUGACACGUCUCUGUCUGACUGUCCCGUCUUUGUAUCGUCUUCGACCUGUGGGACAGAUUUAUGCCGCAGCGUUCGGGAGAACCUGCCCGGCGUGUCCUCCAGGGCCUCAUUUAGUCUAUUUUUGUGUCUAUCGAUGAUUCUUGACACUUUCUCUGCCGUGUGCUGUCGUGCUUCCGCCCCCCUCCUCCUGCUGUACGCCCUCGCUCUCGCUAUCUUCGUAACACAUGGAGGUUUAGCUGCUUUUAUAUGGCAGUAUUUUAUCCUUUUGGUUCUUUUUAUUUAAUGUGAUUUUAUUUCAUCGUGUAUGUCUUCACUCUUGCUGUCUAUGUGAAGUACAAAGGUGACUUUCUGGGAGUGUUUGGAACGGAGGGGUGGAGCGUUUGUUUCAGCGCUGUCCCUCUGCCUGCUCCUCUGUUUCACACUCACAUCUGCACACAUACACAGCAAUAUUACACAGCCUCCUCUUAUGUAUUUAUGUUGGUAUUUUGUAAACAAUAAAAGGAGACAAAACAAAAA